GGCGGCGGCGAUGAUGCAAAGGAGGAGGGUGCUGCCGCCGGCGGUGCUGAUGGUGGCGAUCGGCGCCCGGGUGUGAUGCGAGCGUCAUGGUGGGGAUGCUAGCUUCGCGGCGGUGAGAGAGCCAGCCAGAGCGACCCAGGGGCGGAGGACGCACGAAUUCGGAUCUUGCUGCUGUGUGGGCUCGGAUCUCUUUCUUUCCUCUCUCUCUCUCCUCCCCCCCCCACCUUCAUUUUGUUCUUGGUUUGCAUAUUUAAAAUCUCUCGACUCCAUCCUCUCCCCCACCACUGGAAGUCUUCCCGUCUCUAAAUGGAAUUAGUGGAGAUCGGAACCUCUGGUGUAACGAACAGACAUGAUCUAUGGACGCAGUUUGUUUCACAUUGUAGCAAGUUUAAUCAUCCUCCAUUUGUCUGGGGCAACCAAGAAAGGAACAGAAAAGCAAACCACCUCAGAAACACAGAAAUCAGUGCAGUGUGGAACUUGGACAAAACAUGCGGAGGGAGGUAUCUUUACCUCUCCCAACUAUCCCAGCAAGUACCCCCCUGACCGAGAGUGCAUCUACAUCAUAGAAGCUGCCCCAAGACAGUGCAUUGAACUCUACUUUGACGAGAAGUACUCUAUUGAACCGUCUUGGGAGUGCAAAUUUGAUCACAUUGAAGUUCGAGAUGGACCUUUUGGAUUUUCUCCAAUAAUUGGACGUUUUUGUGGACAACAAAAUCCACCUGUCAUAAAAUCCAGUGGAAGAUUUCUAUGGAUUAAAUUUUUUGCUGAUGGAGAGCUGGAAUCUAUGGGAUUUUCAGCUCGAUACAAUUUCACACCUGAUCCUGACUUUAAGGACCUCGGAGUUUUGAAACCAUUACCAGCGUGUGAGUUUGAGAUGGGCGGUCCUGAAGGAAUUGUGGAGUCUAUACAAAUUAUGAAGGAAGGCAAAGCUUCUGCUAGCGAGGCCGUUGAUUGCAAGUGGUACAUCCGAGCGCCUCCACGAUCCAAGAUCUACCUACGAUUCUUGGACUAUGAGAUGCAGAAUUCCAAUGAAUGCAAAAGGAACUUUGUGGCCGUGUAUGACGGAAGCAGCUCUGUGGGGGAUCUGAAAGCUAAGUUCUGUAGCACGGUGGCUAACGAUGUCAUGCUCCGCACAGGGCUUGCGGUCAUCCGCCUGUGGGCAGAUGAGGGCAGUCGAAACAGCCGAUUUCAGAUGCUCUUCACAUCCUUUCAAGAACCUCCCUGUGAAGGCAAUACAUUCUUCUGCCAUAGUAACAUGUGUAUUAACAAUACGUUGGUCUGCAAUGGACUCCAGAACUGUGUGUAUCCUUGGGAUGAAAAUCAUUGUAAAGAAAAGAGGAAAGCCAGCCUGCUGGACCAGCUGACCAACACCAGUGGGACUGUCAUUGGAGUGACUUCCUGCAUUGUGAUCAUCCUUAUUAUCAUUUCUGUCAUUGUGCAGAUCAAACAGCCUCGUAAAAAAUAUGUCCAAAGGAAAUCGGACUUUGACCAGACAGUUUUCCAGGAGGUGUUUGAACCUCCUCAUUAUGAGUUAUGCACACUGAGAGGGACAGGAGCUACAGCUGACUUUGCAGAUGUGGCAGAUGACUUUGAAAACUACCAUAAACUGCGGAGGUCCUCUUCCAAAUGCGUUCAUGACCAUCACUGUGGAUCACAACUGUCCAGUGCGAAAGGCAGCCGCAGUAACCUCAGCACAAGAGAUGCUUCUGUCUUGACAGAGAUGCCCCCCCAGCCCGUCAAACCCCUCAUCCCGCCCAUGAACAGAAGAAAUAUCCUCGUCAUGAAACACAACUACUCACAAGAUGCUGCAGAUGCCUGUGACAUCGAUGAGAUUGAGGAGGUGCCCACCACAAGUCACAGGCUGUCCCGACAUGAUAAAGCCGUCCAGCGGUUCUGCCUCAUUGGGUCUCUAAGCAAACAUGAAUCUGAAUACAACACAACUAGGGUCUAAAAAGAAAAUUCAAGAGAAGAACUAUUUAUACAAACAUGGGGACUGUGAAAAGAAAAUUCUAUAGUGAAUUGUGAAAAGUGGACAUAUUUCUAAAUUCAUUCCACUGCCUUUAUCCAAACUUAAGAAUUACAGACAUUUGUUAUUUCUUCGGCAAGACAUCCCCGCUGCACAAUGAUAUGUUCAUUUCGUAAUUUGGUUGCUGGCCACCAAGUGCUCCUUAGUUUUUAAAUACAUUUUGAGAUUUACUGGAAACUUGAAGAAGAAAUUAGUUCCUGAUUAAGACUCUCCCAACUUUAUUUUUACUGUCAAUUUCACUUUGUUUCUAUGUUGUUUUAUGUCUUUGUUAGAUAAUUGUACAUUGUGUGAUAUGUGAAAAAACACAAUUUGGGAUGAACUUUAUGUUACAUGUACAUUGUUUUCAUUAUAUAGACUGAUUGAGAAUAGUGCGUUCCUGAGUGAUUUUGAACAUGCUCCAGUGAAAAAUGAAAAUAUGGACCAUGGAGACACCAGCUAGAGGUUUCAUGGACUAGAAGCAUCUAUUGUUGUGUUAUGAUUAAACGCAGCCAAAAGUAACGAGUAAAACUGCUAGAUUGCAAUAAGAAAAAUCUCUUUUUUUGGCCUUUCCUAUAUACCCCCGAUUUCUUUUUUGUUUUAUAUCAAAGGAAGAUACCGAGUUUCAGAAGUAGUUUUUGAAAUUAGGUAUUUUACCAUUCAUACCCUUGAAUAGAAAUGUUUUUUGAUUAAAUACUUAGCGAUAGGAUUGAAUUGCAUGUCAGUACUGGAUAUUUGAGUUGGAAAAAUAUCCUUUUUAUUAGACACAUUGUAAAAAGCAUGCAUUCUUGAAUACUGCUGUUAACUCUUCCAUUUCUUUGUGUCACAUGCUUGCUACUUGUAACUUUUUAUAUAAAGAUAUAUAAAAAUGUAUAAUAAUUUCCUAACUUGAGUUAAGAGAAAUGUUUUCUUCUAUUAGAGUGAUAAAAACUCACUCACAUAAAUACACACUUUAUAUCAACUGUUUCCACAUUUUAGGCUACAGGAUGUCCUUUAGUAUGGAGGCUUACUUCUCCAAAAUUUGAUUUCUAAAAUUUUAUGGAAUAUGUUCUCCUUUUAGAAUAGGAAAGUCCUUUUUAAAUGCUUUAAAAAACCAGGCCAAUUUAUGACCCAAAUUAUACCAUUCUGAGUUGUUCUCAUACUCAGGCACACAUACAAUACCUGAAAGCUUACUAAUUAUGGUGUGUUUAAUAUAAAUAAAGUAAAAUCAUAUAAUAUGUUUAAUUGCUGUUGAAUUAUAUAUACACUCUAUAAAGUUUGAUUUAGUGGGUGGGCACUUUUAAAAUAUUGAAUGUGUAUUCUUAGAAAAUAAAUUUGAAAAAUCAGAAUUAGCAUAAAUCUGCUUACCAGCAUUUCCAAAACUGCUGAAUUCUCUGAGGUUCUGUCCUUUAGAUAGCAAAGCAGUCUGGUCUAUCACAAUCCAAACCUCGUAACUCCAGCAGGCUUCAUGAAUCCACUAGGUGAAUUGCUCACAUACACCUCUGUUAGGAAUUCAAUUUCAUACACGUUACAAAAACAAAUAAAUGAGAAAGAAAAUUUUAUGAUAAAAAAUUAAAGAAUUACCAUAGCAAUUCUGAAUAAUAUAUAUUGAAAAAAUAUUAAUCUACAGAAGGAAUCGCUUGCAUGAAUUUGAUAAACUGGUGAACAGAAAAAAUAUAUUGAACAUGAUAAAGAAAUGGUAUUUUUACUGUUUUGCUGUAUAUUUUUAUACACAUUGCUUAUGUUAAAAUUUAGCCUUUUUUGUUUGACUUGACUGAUUUAUUUAUUGCCAUGCCUACUUUUAUGCCCUUUAAUUCAAAGUUAAUGCAUCCAGAGAUUUUUUUUUGAAGUGCUAGUUAUGUUUUAUACUACUGUCUCUAUUUAGAAAUCUUCAUAGGACUCCUUACACUUUGAAGGAAUAAUCUCAAAAAAGUAUGAUAUUUAUGUCAAGACAUUUUAUUUAUGACAGGAAAAUAAAUUAGGUGAACCGCUUAUUGUCCUGUAGCUGUCCACAGCCUUCCAUCUCUUCCAGCUCUUCCUAAAUAUAUAGAGUGCUUCUGAUCUGCUGGUUCACUGCUUAAAAGAUAUUUGCACCAGAGAUCCAUUAAUGGAGACUUUUAAAACCAAAUCCAACUUCACUAAGUAUAAUGAUAAAGACGGAUUGCUUACAUGUAUUUAAUAGACAACAGCUCCAUGGGUAAACAAAAAUAUUUCAAAUAGAAAUAGGCCUCCUCAGUGGCAAUACCAAAAAUAUGUAAAAAUGGGCAUUGACUCAUCAGAAAAGAAGACAGUGCUGAUGCUGGGGCAGGGAGCAGGAGGCAUCUGUCGUCCCUGGCAGUAACUCUGGGUGCUGGAUCUUGGGAACGUGGGGCUCCACUAUACCUGGGAGGCCCCUGGAGGAGGCUCUUUAACAGCCAGUGUGGAAAUCUAUCAAUAUAUUAAAAACUUCUAUCUACUGGUUACGUCAGAUCAUAUCACCUGACUAUCAGUCUUUGAUUUACGUUCACACGGGGCGAUACAUGUAGAUAAGGAAUGAGAUGCUUCAAGACUUUCAAAUCAAGUUAUUUUAAUAAAUAAAUAUAUUUUUGAUAAAGUGAAUUCAAAUCUUACUGACACAAGUGCUUUAUUAAUUCCAUAAGAUGUUUUCCAAUGGCAUAAUUACGGACUAUGUAAGUUAAUUUGAAAAUAGCUCUUUUCAUUUCAUUUCUCUCUGUUUGAAUUCACUUUCCAAGUCUGGGAGACGUAUCAUGAUUAUGGGCAACACCUAUGAAAUCUGAAUUAAAUUUUUUACUUCUGUCCAAGUGCAGUUUACCCGCCAAAUUCAAGGUCGGUGUGGCGAUUUGGAAAUAGGAGUUUUUGUACCUGAUUUUAUAUACAUGCCAUUUUACACAUCAUAUUACAAAAUAGACAUAUAUAAUGUUUGAUUUGACAUAAUUAACUUCCACUUGAUUAGAUAAUUAAAAUGUGGCUAUAAAUCUAAUUGGAGAUCAAUGUCUUUGGGCUUUUAAAGGAGGAUAAUCCACAUUGUAGAGAUGCUGGUUUUUCUGUUUCACAUUAUUUUUUUCUGUGAAAAUGAUUUCACUGAGUCUAACCGACUCCAUAAGCUGUUAUUCCCGAUAUUUAAUAAAGUUAGGUCUUCGACAUUACUUGAUUAUUCACUUAAGCUAUUGCAUCAACUUUUUCUACACUUGUCCCUUAAGAAUUUGGGUUUUCCUCUAAUUUGAUAGCUUUUUAAAAAAAUUCCUUAAAUGGAUUUUCCUUGACCUCAGAAUAUCAUAAUAAAUUGCAAAAUAUGAUACUGGUUCCUGUUACCUUAAUCAAAAUAAUGGCAAAUAAUUUAUUGAUGUUUUGUUGAUAGAAUAAAUAAUAGCAUUUUAUCUUAUUAUGAAGUUUGUAUAUUUCAAUGACGAAAAUGAGUCCUGUCAGUUUCCAACUCUGGAGGCAGAUUAAAUAAAAUCUUUAAAAUCCUCUGGAUCCUAAAUGCA